AUGGAGGGCAUGCCGAGGAUGCCCGUCAUCCUACCCGAAAUACGGGUGGCAGCGUCAGAAUUGCCCCCGGAAUUCGGCAUGGCCAUCAAAGAAUACAUCUUGAUCCACUUUGAUCAAGAGCCCACCGACUACGAUCGUGCAAUUCAGGAGAUUUGCAGCCUCAGACAGAAAGUUGCUCAUCCGACGCCAGAUAUUGAGACGGCUUGCAUACUAAAGCGCUAUUAUGGGCAGCUGUUGAUGAUGAAAAGUCGCUUUCCAUUGGAAGAGGACGACGAAAUUGUGCGGAUGAAUGUCGGCGGCGAUGCAUUCUUUGCAUGGGCCGAUCAGUCGGGUGAAAUGCCUCAUAUUGCCGCACACAACGAUAUCAAUUUUGAAGUGGCUAGCGUGCUUUUUAAUAUCGGUGCUGUCCAUGCAGCGAUCGCCGGAGCGGAACGACGGGAUUCUGAAGAUUCGAUCAAGACGGCAUUUAUGAAUUUCCAAUGCGCCGCCUGGCCCCUUCAACAGAUUCGAGAUAACAUCAGAGGCGAGCGCUUCAACACGAUGGACUUUGAAAAGGACCAUCUUACCUUCCAUAUGAACAUCCUCUUGGCGCAAGCCCAGGAAUGCCUGAUAGAAAAGAGUUUGAUCGACCAUCGAUCCCACGAAGUCGUUGCCAAGCUGGCGGUCCAUUUGCGAGAUUUGUAUCAGGAAUGUGGAAAGCACUUAGAGACUUCUUCCCUCAGCGACUCCGUGACUUCCUCUAGAUAUAGGGAAUGGCAUCGCACGUGUACGGCCAAGUCCGAUCUUUUUGGCGCCAUCGCAGCUCUGCAUAUGGGGAUGAAGCAUGAGGACGAGAAACAAAUGGGAUUUCGUCUAGCCUACUAUGCUCAUGCAAUGAAUCAUAUGAAGAGGGCAUUGCUGAUUUUGGAUAAAGAUAAGCGAGCCGAGCUUCACGUGUCCGCCAAUUUUUUGUACGAUGUCGUCGCAGCAAAGGAACAAAAUGCGCGGAAAGAAAAUGAUCUGAUUUAUCACGAGCGGAUACCGAAAGAUGAUGAAAUUUCGCUGAAGGAGGGGCUUGGUAAAGUAAAACCAGCUGCAUUCGAUCCAUUUGACGUCUCGAUCAGCGGAGAAGACCUUUUUUCCGCGCUUCUUCCACCCACGGUUUUAAAGGCCGUCAGUCUGUAUGAAGAGGAAAAAGCCAAACUGAAACGAACAGUCCUGGAAAAAGUCAACGCGAAGGAUAUAGAGCUCCAUGAAUUCUUGGAGCGGUUUGGGUUCGAUCGCCUGACUGCUGAUGAAAGUGGGGCCAUCCAACUCCCCGACGAACUUCUACAGCGCAAUGCUUCUUUUAACACCCAACCCGAUUCCAUCCCGCAACUGUUGGAAAAGUUGUCGAAUGUGAGCGCAAAUGGGGAAACUACGGCCAAUCGAGUAGCUGACGUUCUUCGUCGACUCAACGGUAUUGAUCUGCCGAGCAUCCUGGAGGACGAGGGUUACAAGACGAUCCAAGCUGAAAUGGGCCGGAUGGCUGAUCAGCUUCACAUUACUCGAACCCGAAAUUCCGAAGAACAACGUCGAAUCGCAACCCAAAGCGAUGCUCUUCAUCUAUUGGCGCUUCCGCUGCCUCGAUUGACCGAGAAACUGUCCGAUUCGCAAGGGAAGCCAGGUCCCUCGGCCGAAGGUGUUGUUCUCAGACAAAUGCUCGACAAGACGAACGAAAUGUCGGCGCAGCGGGUGCUAUUGUUGCAACGAUUGGACGAUGAGAUGAAGCGGGAUAACAUUGGCAAGCGCCUCUUGGCCGAGAGGGAUCAGAACAAUACGGCAACCUUCGCUAAAGAGCUGGAAAAACAUGGAACCACCAUUCAAUUCAUUGAACAAAAUCUUGGUGCCCAAGAUAAAAUAUUGCACGCGCUAACCGAAGCAAACGCCGACUUCUCGGAUAUCAGACACAAGAUGGAGCGCGAACAAGCCGCACGACUCGAACGGGUGGCUCAGCUCGUCUCCGCUUUUGAUGUAUACCUGGAGGUGCUGCGGAAUGCUAAUAGCGCUCUAAAUGUUUUGGAUUCAAUCAAUAAGCGGGUCGACAAGAUACUACCCGCCCUAGAUGCGAUGGAGACAGCUAAUUUUGCCGAAAAGGAGAAGCGUGAUGCGGAGAAGAGGGCAUUUGCUGAAAAGAUGGAGAGGCUGAAACGCGAAAAAGAAGCGCGCGAGGCGAUGGCCGAAUUUUCACACGAUGCGAUGCCCAGCCAGAUGACCCCUCCCAUGGCCCCUGGGCGCCCAUCUCCAUCCUCGGGCUCAUCCGGCCGCCGAGACUAUUACGAGUUCUUCAAGUCAAAAAUGGGGCAGCCGCCAUCUCAGCCAGCCAUGGCAAAUCAUCAUCCAUACGCUCCGAUGCCACAGCCAAUGUAUCAGCCACAACCACCUCCGACAAAUCAGCAAUUUUCGCGUCCCUACUUCCCGCCAGCACAUCACAGCCCAUCGAUGCCACAGCCGCAGCCAUAUCAGCAUCCACAUCCUGUCCAGCAUGCGAUGCCGACACCACCACCAGCGCAUCCCUAUACUCCUCCAGUCCCUCCCCAGACGGCCGCCGCUCCACCAUACCCGAAUUCGAUCCAUACAAGCCCGGCACAAUAUGCGAAUCGCCCGAUGCCAGAUCAUCAACAUUACAAUGGCCCAUCGCCGGCACUGGAUCGUUCGCCAGGAGUGCCUCAGCCAUAUCAACAACCACAGACCCCUUACCAUGGAUAUUCACCGGCUUCUAGCUCGGCACCGGGUGUCACGAAUGCCCCGCAACAUCCAAUCCAGAAUGGGCAUCAAAUUCAACAUCAAGCGCAGCAGCCUCCCAUCUCCUUACCGCCAGUUCAACAUCAACAGUUGCCCCCCGUCAAUUAUGGAUAUCAGCAGGCUCCGGCUAGUGUACCACCACAACCCCAUCAACCCUACCAACAGCAACAGGCUCAGCCUCAAUUUGCUCAUCCUCCAGUUGGUCCCGCCCCUCCCGCGCAUUAUCAACAACAGCAGCAUCAGCCUCAGCUGCAGAACCAGCAGAGACCAAUGCAGAGCAUGCAGCCAUUGGCGGUACCGGUUGUCCCCAGCGUACCGAUUCCGGCUCCACAAGGUUUCCAACCAGCCGGCCAGCACUUGUCGGGUGGCACGCCUAACAUUCCUCCAACUUCGUCGCAUGGCACUUCUGGGAUGCCGAUGGGUCAACAUUUUACGGGUCACCAACCCGCUCCAGCGCCACCACCACCCGUCAGCAAACCAGCAGAUACGCACGCCGUCGCACCGUCCCCCUUCCAUCCGAUUCAGCCGGCAAGCGCGGCCAAUACCGCCCCUGUUAUACAGCCACAGCCUGUUUAUGGAGCCCCAGCCGGACACAAUGCCCUGAGUUCCGCUCCGUGGCAACAAGCUCGUGCUCAACCACAGCAGCAAUACAGCUCUUCUCCGUGGCACUGCGGCGUGAAUUGGCCAAAUCAACAGCAGAACUUUGGGGCCCAGCCUGCUGCUCAAUAUGCUUCCCCACCGAUGGCACAGCCGCAAUCUCAGCCUCAACAGCCCUUCGCCGCCGCACAGCCACCCAUGAACAACGUUUCGCAAGGAAAUAUGGACCUACUCGGCUCCCUCCUCGGCGACCUGCAGUUGCCGGCUGCAUUACAGCCUGUGUCGGGACCGGCGGCUGAACCGCGACCACCUCAGCCCCAAGAUGCCGUCGUCUCCCAAUCUCCCACUCAACCCAACAACUUUCCAAACGUCCCAAUCUCACCUCAACAACCCCCGAUUUCCAAUCCCAAGUGCCUAUCCGUUUCGCCGGUAGCUACGAUGCCCACCGCUGUUGUAAAUCCCAUGCCAAAGACCGCAUCUUCGGCAUCUUUUAACUCGUCGGCUUCCCAGGGAACCGAGCUGUCAAUAUCUAGCACCAUUUCCCAUCACUAUGGCCCGCCUCCGGCUACUCUAUCCACUCAUACGUCUUCUGCCAGUGUGCCCCCAUCAAGGAGCGAGGCCGAGGAGAAGCGCGAAAGCGGCCUCCCCGUCAAUGACCUCCUCGACCCUUCAAAAUUCUGCAUUGGCCCCGACUCUCGACAAAAACUGGAAAAGAAGCUGCUCCACGCCUCGUUCCAUGGCAAUGCCGCUCGCCCUAACCUCGACCCCAAUGACCCCAUCAAUCAGUUAGACCCGUUUUGGAAGAAUAAG